GUCAACAAAGGGAAGAACCGAACAUGACCGCUCAGGAGCAAGAUGUUAUUUCUCUCGACGAAGAGGAUGAAGAUGAGGACAUUCCGGAUGUAGCAACUUGUCAGAGUUUGGUUGAACAAUUUGCUGAAAUAACAGGAACAGAUGAAGCUUGUGCACAGUUUUAUCUCCAAGAUCGAAAGUGGGACUUAGAGAGGUCAGUGAAUGCUUUCUUUGAGUCACAGACUGGUGGAAUUCAAAUUCUGAAUGAUGGAGAUGAACCAGAGGUGGUCGUCACUUUUGACUCCAAGAUGGUGUCAAUGCUCUCAGCCAACAGCGUCUCCAAAGAACCGCCCAAGAACUUCCGCCUCUUGACCUGGAAUGUCGAUGGCCUUGAUGAAAAGAACUUGAAGAAGAGAACUAAGACAGUUGCCAAGAUCAUUGAAUUAGAGAAGGUUGAUAUAGUUUUCCUCCAAGAGCUAGUCCCUGAGACCUACAGCUACCUGGAAGACUUGCUGCCGCAGUUUGUGUUCAUCGCAGGUGGCUCAAGGGAAUACUUUGUAGCCACACUCCUGAGACGGACCACAGUCUAUUUCGAUGGCCACAACCUCAUUCAAUUUCAGAACUCAGUCAUGGGACGCAACUUACUUUGUGUUGAGGCACACAUAGGAGAAGUGAAGCUGAAUCUUUUAAACGCUCACCUGGAAAGUACAGCAGAAUUCUCCCGACAACGCACUGAACAGCUCAGCAUGGCAUUCAGUAGAAUGAAAUCAGCAGCAAAUAACUCCUCCACAAUAUUUGCUGGGGACUUGAAUUUGAGAGAUAAAGAGGUGGAACAAGCACGCCUUCCUGGAGACAUUUAUGACCUCUGGGAGGCCUGUGGUAGGAGAAAUGAAUGCCGAUGGACGUGGGAUACUCAGCGCAACACCAAUCUUGAG